CCACUGGUUUUUUUUCUCACUAGAAGACCCAAACACGUGCUUUUUUAGUAAGCUCACUUUCGAACGUUCGCCUCGCGUUUUGACUGAUUCAGAAGAUAGUUUGAAUUUCCCAAACGACGGAAAAUUUUGAAAAUGACCAAUGAAAGUGAUCAGGAUGAGCUUAGAAGAUUAUUUAAAGCCAUUUGUUUAGAUGACAUCGAUAAGGUAAAACAGCAUAUCAACAAGAACCGCAGCAUAGUGAAUUUGGAUCCUGAUGGUAUUACUUGCAUGCAUAUAGCUACAAAUUAUGGAAGUUUGCAAUCAUUGGAAUAUAUACUUUCUCUAAAUCAAGCUCAAAUUAAUUUCAAAGACCCGUUGGGAGAGACGCCGUUACAUUUAGCUGCCAGACAAAAUAUAAAGAUAGCUCAAUUGCUAAUCAGAAAAGGGGCUGAUGUUAAUGCUCAAAAUGUUUUAAAAUCCACACCUUUACAUAACGCUGUUAUACAUAAAAAUAUAGAAUUCGCUCGGUUACUGCUGGAGAAUGGGGCUAGAAUUGAUGCAAAGGAUAUCCAUGGCAAAACGGCGUUACAUAAGGCUGUAGCAAAAAAGAAUGUAAACUUUGUACAGAUGCUUUUACGUUACAAUGCUUCCGUUAAUAUCCUCGAUAAUUUAAAAUGCAAUCCUUUGCAUGUUUCCAUUAGUCAUAAAAACGAUGAAAUAGCAACGAUUUUAAUCGACUACGUCGAUGAGUUCGAUCGUACAAAAGACUCUAUCAACUUGUUAAUGUCUGCCAUUUCUCAAAACAUGCCAAUCGCUUUAAAGAUCCUCAAUAAAAUACAAAGAGCAGAAUGGGAAAACAUAUUGGAAUUGGAAUUCAUUGUUAAACCAAUCUACUCUUGUUACAUGUGCACAAAUAAUAGCUUAAAGUGGGUUCAGAUUCUUUUGGCUAAACGCAUUCCAAUUAAAUUAAUGGAUAUUCAAUAUUUUUACGCCAUUAAAAAUUUUUGUGCGGAAAUUGAAGCUAUUUUGGCAUCCGAUGUGUAUGUUAUUUACGACAACAACUGUGGAGAAUUUGUACAACGAUUAAUAUUCAAUUGUUGUAACAAUGCAAAAGAUUGCGAUCCAUAUGAAAAAGAUAAAUUAAAACGUUAUUUUGCUGAAAGAAAAUGUGUUCCUAGUUUAAUGCAAAUUGUUCGGGAUUAUUGUCGAAAAAUUAUUUUCGAUAAUGAUCGGAAAAAUAAUUUUAAAGCGCAUCAUAUUAUUAUGGAAAUGGAUGUAAUUAAAAUAAUUAAAGAUAUUUUGUUACUAAAAAGACCCAUAUAUUUGUACUGUGAUUAAAUACAUAAUAAAAAAUAUGUACAUAGUUGAAGCUAUC